AUGCAACAUAUGGAAAUCCUCGGAUUUGGUUAUGCAAAAGAUCCUUGGUCUGUAUAUUUCAAUGGGCGGAAGGUAGAAGGUGCAUCGGCAAUGCAGUUCCAAGUUCUAAGUCAUGGUUAUGCCAAGGAUCCAUGGAGUGUCUACUUCGCCGGAAACAAAAUUGAAGGUGCAUCGGCCAUGAAUUUUGAAGUAUUAGACAAUGGUUACGCGAAAGAUGCGUGGAAAACUUAUUUUAUGGGACGACCAGUAGAUGGCGGCUGA